GGGGAAGACAAGGAAACAUGAAACAGAAGGAAAAGGAAUUUGGUCUGAGUGGACAGUGCCACUGAUCCACCUACACCAGUACUUGCAGUGAGGGCUUACCCCUACAUGAAAAUGGACGGCCCAUUACAUGGCCUUGGUAAUGGCACUCAUUUUUGUAACAGCUGCUCAGAGUUGGAGGUUCACUCUGAGUGGGUCAUUUUCCCUCUGUAUAGAAAAAUGGUCUUUUUGAAGUGUUACUCACCAACUAUGGCAUUGUCACCAGUCAAUCAUUUAAAUAAGCAAUUCACAGGUUGAAACAAAGCCAGUGGAGAAAAAGAAACAGGAAAGUGAGUGAUCAAGUACAUUAGGUUUUCUCCAUUCCCUACUUUUGUUUCUAGAAGAACUUUUUGGGAACUGCUUCCUUUCACCAGCAAGUCCUGAACAUUUGCCUUGGACAUGAAUGCUCGAAAAGAAUUACAGGACCGAGCCAUCGUCAGGAUAGCAGCUCACUUGCCAGACCUCAUUGUCUAUGGAGAUUUCUCUCCAGAGCGACCCUCCGUGAAAUAUUUUGAUGGAGUCCUGAUGUUUGUUGAUAUUUCAGGUUUUACGGCAAUGACUGAGAAGUUCAGCACAGCCAUGUACAUGGACCGAGGGGCUGAACAGUUGGUGGAGAUCCUCAACUACUACAUAAGUGCAAUAGUGGAGAAAGUGUUGAUUUUUGGAGGAGACAUCCUAAAAUUUGCAGGUGACGCACUGCUAGCCUUGUGGAAGGUGGAACGAAAGCAACUGAAAAAUAUUAUCACGGUGGUAAUUAAAUGUAGCCUGGAGAUCCAUGAGCUGUUUGAGACUAAGGAGACUGAAGAAGGCCUAGAUAUCCGGGUCAAGAUAGGAUUGGCUGCUGGCCACAUCACUAUGCUGGUCUUUGGAGAUGAAACAUGCAACUACUUUUUGGUAACCGGCCAGGCAGUGAAUGAUGUACGCCUUGCACAGAACAUGGCCCAGAUGAACGAUGUCAUUCUGUCACCAAACUGCUGGCAGCUUUGUGACCGGAGCAUGAUUGAAAUUGAGAGGAUUCCAGACCAGCGAGCAGUUAAGGUUAACUUCUUAAAACCACCUCCUACUUUUAACUUUGAAGAAUUUUUCACAAAGUGUAUGACUUUCAUGGAUUAUUAUCCUUCUGGUGACCACAAAAACCUCCUGAGGCUUGCGUGCAUGCUGGAGCCUAAUCCUGAGCUGGAGUUGGCCCUACAAAAGUACGUGAUGGAAAGCAUUUUGAAGCAGAUUGUUGACAAACAGCUUCAGGGUUAUUUGUCUGAGCUUCGGCCAGUGACAAUUGUGUUUGUGAACUUGAUGUUUAAAGAGCAAGACAAAGCAGAAGUCAUUGGCCCGGCCAUCCAGGAUGCCUGUGUGUACAUCACUUCUGUCCUGAAGGUCUUCCGAGGUCAGAUCAAUAAAGUCUUCAUGUUUGACAAGGGCUGCUCCUUCCUCUGUGUCUUUGGUUUCCCUGGGGAAAAGGCACCUGAUGAGGUUACUCAUGCUUUGAAAAGUGCUAUGGAUAUAUUUGACUUCUGCUCUCAGGUCCACAAGAUCCAUACUGUCUCCAUUGGCGUUGCCAGCGGGAUUGUCUUCUGUGGAAUUGUUGGACACACUGUGAGACACGAGUACACAGUCAUUGGUCAAAAAGUCAACAUAGCUGCCAGGAUGAUGAUGUACUACCCUGGAAUCGUGACCUGUGACUCUGUCACCUACAAUGGCAGCAACCUACCACCCUACUUUUUUAAAGAGCUUCCAAAGAAAGUUAUGAAAGGUGUUGGAGAUUCUGGACCAAUCUAUCAGUGUUUGGGCCUUAAUGAGAAAGUCAUGUUUGGUAUGGCGUACCUCAUAUGCAACAGAAAUGAGUGUUACCCUUUGCUGGGACGUGACAAGGAGAUCAGAUACUUCAUGUGCUCUAUGAAGAAAUUUUUGAUGUCUAACUGCAGCCAAGUCCUAAUGUAUGAGGGAAUAUCGGGAUGUGGAAAAAGCCAGAUACUUAUGGAAAUUGAGUAUCUGGCCCAAGGUGAGAGCCACAGGACUAUUGCUAUUGCACUGACUAAGGUCAGCUUCCAUCAAAAUUUUUACACUAUCCAGAUAUUCAUGGCCAAUGUACUAGGCCUGGAUACUUGUAAACAUUACAAAGAACGGCAGAGCAACCUUCAGAAUAAAGUCAAGACACUGUUGGAUGACAAGUUCCAUUGUCUUCUUAAUGACAUUUUCCAUGUCCAGUUCCCUAUUUCACGAGAGAUGUCCAAGAUGAGCACCUUGAGAAAGCACAAGCAUUUGGAAACCCUGUUUAUGAAGAUCUUAGAGCAAACAGUGAGAGAAGAAAGGAUUAUUUUCAUCAUUGAUGAGGCCCAGUUUGUGGAUUCGGCCUCCUGGGCCUUUAUGGAGAAACUCAUCCACACUGUUCCCAUCUUCAUUAUCAUGGCCUUGUCUCCCUUUGAGAAUCCCUGUUCAGCUGCUGAUGCCCUCAUGAAGAACAGAAACACCACCUAUGUCACCCUUGGUGCAAUGCAGCCGAAGGACAUCCGCAACAAGGUCUGUCUCGAUCUCAAUGUGAGCAGCAUCUCUAAAGAGCUGGACUCGUACCUGGUAGAGGGAAGCUGUGGGAUUCCAUAUUACUGUGAAGAAUUGCUAAAGAAUCUUGACCAUCACAGGGUUCUCCUUUUCCAACAAAUGGAAUCUGAGGAUAAGACAAAUGUGACCUGGAGUAACAUGUUCAAGAAUCUCAUUAAACCAACAGAGGAAAUAAGUAUGUUUACUAUCACUAAAGAAGAGGGAAGUCAGGUCUGUAAUCUUGCAAGUGGUGUUAGACUGAAAAAUUUGUCACCCCCAUCAUCAUUAAAAGAAAUCUCUCUGGUCCAGCUGGAUAGCAUGAGCCUUUCCCACCAAAUGUUGGUGAGAUGUGCAGCCAUCAUUGGUCUGACCUUCACAACAGAGUUGUUGUUUGAGAUUCUCCCUUGUUGGAAUAUGAAGAUGAUGAUAAAGGCCCUGGCUACCCUAGUGAAAGCAAAUGUUUUUUAUUGUUUCCGGAAUAGCAAGGAACUUCGAUUGGCCCUGAAACAGAAUGUGGCCUCAUUUGAGGUGCAUUAUCGCUCCUUGUCACUGAAGUCCAGUGAAGGGUUGGCUUGUGGUAAAGAGGAAGAGCUCCAUGAAAUGGAAGGCGAGGUGAUUGAGUGCCACAUCAUCCGGUUCUGUAGGCCUAUGAUGCAAAAAACAGCCUAUGAGCUGUGGCUUAAGGAUCAGAAGACAGAAAUGCAUUUGAAAUGUGCCCGUUUUUUAGAAGAAAAUGCUCACCGAUGUGACCACUGCAGAAGCAGGGACUUCAUUCCCUAUCACCAUUUCACAAUGGACAUCCGGCUCAACACUUUGGACAUGGAUACCGUCAAGAAGAUGACUAAGUGCCACAAAUUGCAAAAUGAAGAAGAUACCAUCUUUUCUAAAUCAGAGAUGCCUAAGAAAUCUGAAUUAUUUUCUGAAAGUCUCAGUCCUCAAGAAAUAAGGGAAAAGAUCUUAGGGUUCUUUGACAUCAUUAUAGCCAAAUUAAGAACAUCUCAGGAAGACAUUACCCCGCUGGAGUCCUGCCAGUGUGAGGAGAUCCUGGAGAUGGUCGUCUUGCCUCUGGCCCAACAUUUUCUGGCUUUGGGAGAAAAAAACAAAGCCUUGUAUUACUUCUUAGAAAUUGCCUCUGCUUAUGUCAUUCUGCAUGAUAACUACAUGGCUUUCAAGUAUUUGAAUGAAGGAGAAAGGUUGCUGAAAAUUCUCAAGAAAGAAAACUCUGGGAGUCAGACUUUUGAGGCUGCCACUUUUUAUAGCCUCAAAGGUCAGGUUUGUUUUAAUAUGGGCCAAAUGGUGCUUGCCAAGAAAAUGCUGAGGAAGGCACUGAAGCUCCACAACCGGGUCUUUCCUUAUAACUUGGUCUCCCUGUUUCUCCAAACCCAUGUUGAGAAAAACAGACACUUUCGUUUUGUGAAUCAGCAGGCCGAAGAGAGCUUACCUCCAGGGAAGAAGAGGCUGGCUCAACUCUACCAGCAAACCACCUGCUUCUCCUUGCUGUGGCAGAUCUAUAACUUAAGUUGUUUUUUUCACCACAAAUAUUAUGGCCACCUGGCAGCUAUGAUGCAAGUGAAUUCUGCACUGGAAACUCAAAAUGAUUUUCAGAUCAUUAGGGCUUACCUGGACUAUUCGCUGUACCACCAGCUGAAUGGCUAUAAGGAUGUGUGGUUCAAAUAUGAAGUCAUGGCCAUGGAGCAGGUCUGGAACCUCCCACUAAAAGGCGAGGGCAUUGAAAUUGUGGCAUAUGUGGCUGAUACACUGGGCUACAUCAAGUUCAUAAAGGGUCACCUGGACUUGGCCAUUGAGUUAGGCUUUCGAGCUCACAAGAUUUGGGCACUGCUCCAGAAUCCCAACAAACACUAUAUGGUCCUCUGCAGACUUAGUAAAUCUCUCUUCUUGAAAAAUAGAUACAAGCAAUUGAUCUGGGUGCUGGGGUGGCUAUGGGAUCUUUCUGUAGCAGAAGAGCACAUCUUCAGCAAGGCAUUUUUCUAUUUUGUCUGCUUGGAUAUCAUGCUUUAUUCUGGCUUUGUUUAUAGAUCAUUUGAAGAAUGUCUGGAAUUCAUAAAUCAUAAUGAAGACAACAGAAUUCUCAAGUUCCAAAGUGGACUCCUCCUGGGACUUUAUUCCUGCCUAGCUAUCUGGUAUGGCAGACUUCAGGAAUGGGAAAACUUUCACAAAUUUUCUGAUAGAGCUAAAAAUCUAGUGCCAAGAAGAACCCCAACUGUUCUGUACCACGAAGGAGUCAUUAGGUAUAUGGAAGGGCAAGUUCUCCACCUUCAGAAGCAAAUCGAAGAACGAUCCGAGAAUGCCCAGGACAAGGGGGUUGAGCUGCUCAAGAACUUACAGAACAUUAUAGCUCAGAAUAUCACUGGCCUUGUGUUCCACCCAAGGCUCUACCACUUGAUGGCCUAUGUCUGCAUACUAAUGGGAGAUGGUGAGAACUGUGAUCUCUUCCUGAACAUAGCCUUGGAGCUCUGUGAAACACAGGGGAAUGUGCUGGAGAAAUGCUGGCUAAACAUGAGCAAGGAAUGGUGGUAUUCAAGUUCUAACUCUGAGUUAACAGAAAACCAAUGGCUUCAAACAAUCCUGACGCUCCCAACAUGGGACAAAAUUGUAUCAGGCAAGGUAAACAUUCAGGAUGUUCAAAGAAACAAAUUCCUGCUGAGAGUUAAUAUCCUGGACAAUCCUUUCUAACACUUCCUGAAGGAGGACAGAGACCCAGUGAGAGCCAUUCCUCUACC